AUGGCGCUCAGCGCACCCCAGCUGCCAUCGCGGUUUCCGUGUUGGUGCCGAGCUGUUUAUUCAUGGGGCGGAGAAACAAAUCGAGACCUGGGAUUUGUGGAGGGAGACCUGAUCGAAUGCCUGAACGCAGGAGACGGGCAAUGGUGGAUGGGUCGCUUGCGGCGUGAUAGACGUGCUGUUGGGCUCUUCCCAUCGAACUUCGUCGAGCUCAUGAGCGACGACUUUGUGCCAAUUAGCCGGGAUACCAGCCCAAUGGUCUUAUCUGGUUCUUCCCCCAUUCAUAAUCCCACGUCCGCCCCGAAGAAAGCAAAAACCGUCUUUCGAAAGCCCUUCCAAGCGCACAAGGAAGCAUUGUCUCCUGCAUCAGAGCUCGCAAGGAGCGGGUCCAACACUCCAGUCAAGAGCUCGAUACCCCAAACGCCCCCUCGUGAUGGUGCCGGAGUUCCUCGAAGUGUGAAGCCUUUGCGCACCCAUGCGUCUGCGGUCAAGAAUCAAAGUCCCUUGUCUCGUCCGUCCUCUGUGUCUUCUCGACCCUCAUCUCGCGGCGUUUCCCCAGCUGUAUCUCCUCGCGCGUCAAUGGAGCCGGAGCGCUCACCUUCCGCCAUCAUGCCUCGAGGGAGUAUCUCGUCCUCACGCCCAUCCUCCCGAGAAGUGUCGCCAAUGUUCCUGCAAGAGCGCGAGGAGUCGCCCCCUCCACCUCCACCUCCUCCACAUCGCGUGGCUAUCAGUCGGCCACCUUCCCGAUCCCCUCAACCUCCCUCGUCUCCGCAGCCAUUUAUGUAUCAACCGUCCCAUUCACCACAGCCAUAUAUGAAUCAACCGUCUCGUUCGCCACAAUCGCCCAUGCAUCAACCACCGCGGUCUCCUCAACCAUACAUGUAUCGAAGGUCACCUUCUCCGCAGCCGUAUAUGCAUCAGCGGUCACCUUCUCCGCAGCCACCAAUACAUCAACGGACACCUUCUCCUCAGCCGCCUAUGCAUCAACCGCAGCAUCUUUUGCACUCUCCGCAACCUGCAACGCACACUCCAAAGCCGCCACGUUCUCCUAAUCCUAAGCCUUUGAGUAUGAACGAUCGUUAUGUGAUCUUUGCGCGCACCCCCUCGCCAGGGGCGCUUUCCACCCAUUCGGCUCACUCAGCUAUUUCGGCGCAAUCAGAUACAAACGGUAAUACCCCAUCACCGCUCAGAGAUGCCAUGGAAGAUAUUAUGACUUCAUUGGAAGAUAUGGGGCUACCACGCCAAGCUUCGCCCUCUCCUCAUCAUGCACCUUCGCCUUCUCCACCGCCGACAUUCAACAAUCCCUGGUCGGGAGAUGUGUAUGACGAUAGCAAUGACAGAACGCCGCCAGGUAACAGGCGUCGUCCCUUGACUUCAAUGGGCUUUGAUGGGCAUAACCAGCAGCCUCAUGGAGGGUUGGUACACAGGAACAGCGUCUAUUCACAUGACUAUCAUGGUGAUGGGCCUCCGCAACUGAACAAUUAUGUGCAAAGGAUGGAAAGCCGUCUCCGUCAAUUGGAGGACCAGAAUCGGCCUCCCGAGGACGAAACAGGACCGAUUGUGGACGACGAUGUACCGCCGCCGCCGCCUCCCAAACAUGCCACUUAUCAUCCGCGACACAAUUCUAUUCCGGCUCAGUAUCCACAUCUUCGAUCCAGAAGGUCAGGUCAAGAUCCCCGAGGAGACAUUCUCAACAGAACUUUCACCAACAAGUCAAAUGCCACCAGCUCUAGUGGCAUUCAAAGUAUUGGUACCCAAAUGACUACCAGUACGGACAAGACGAAUCAGAGCAUGAUGAGUGGCGCUUCAGCUGGUGGCUUCAGUGCAACGAGUGCGGGAAGCUACGCAAGACGUAAUGCUGGUCAUGAGAGACCUAACACGGCCAUGGAUACCGUUCGUUCUCGAGGCUUCAGUGAUGUUGGGAACACGGAACGCCCGGAAUCUCCAAUGACUGGCAUCUCGUAUCACUCUAGUCAUAAUACUUCUCGUCAGGGGGCUUCUUCUGCUAUUCCAUGGUCAGCUGCGGAUCACGAUGCAGGUGACUCGGGUGGGGUGUUUGGUGGGCUUUCCACUCCCAAGACUAAGAAACAAGGGUUCUUUAAGAAGAUUUUUGAGUCCGCGAAGACUGGUGCGGCUAGCGCAAGAAGCAGCAUUUCGGUUGGUCAUAAUGGUAGCUCACCAUCUCCGACAAAGGGCCACAGGGUGGUUGAUACGAUAUCCCCUCUCCUCACCUCGCGAGAAUCGGCGCGUGAUAGUUCUCGAGACAUGGGUCUCGGUGCUAGUGCCAUUGACUGGGUCCAAGUUCGCCGAGACGUCAACCGCGCAUCGUCUCCUAGUAGGAACGAGCGGAUUGAACGAGCUGAACGCUGCCAGAUGAUGGAUCAUCCAGUGAUUUACGCAGUCGAGGAACUUUAUGAUACUGCAGAGGGUGACGAAAGUAUUGAUGGGCUCCCGAUCAGCGAGCCCACAAACUUUGACAGGGCAAAUCUUUCUCUCGUCGACAAGGGCGCACGCUUCAUCAGCAGCCUUCCCCCCACGACAAAUCCCAUGAGCCUUGCUCAAGGUUAUAUCACUCGCCCCUACAAGAGUGAUGUUCAACGGCUUCGUGCUAUCUUCACAUGGGUCAGUGAAAAGAUCGCUUGGGAAGAGCCCGUCGACGGUCUCGAUGUCGACAUGAAGAGAGUACUGCACGCUAGACGCGGUAGUCCCCAAGAAAUCGCUCUUCUGGUACACGAAAUGUGCGCCUCUGUUGGUCUUCACACCGAAGUGAUCCGUGGCUUCCUUAAACAGCCUGGUGAUUCGCUGGAUCUUGACAGUCUCUCUCGUCCCAACCAUUGGUGGAACGCUGUCCUGGUCGACGGAGAAUGGCGCAUCAUGGACUGUGCCCUGGCAAACCCGACAAAUCCUCAAAGAAGCCGGUUCGUGACGAACAACUCUUCUGUGGCGGAAAGUUGGUACUUCCUCGCUCGCCCGCUCGACAUCUGCUAUACCCAUGUUCCUCUUUACCCCGAGGAGCAACACAUUUGCCCUCCAGUCUCACCAGAUGUCCUAUUGGCACUACCGGUGGUGUCCCCGCAGUACUUUAAGCUGGGCGUACAGAUCCCAGACUACGAUACCAGUUUGAUGCGGAUUGAGGGACUGGAGUGUAUGCAAAUCCGUCUCGUGGUGCCACCAGACGUGGAAUGUGCUGCCGAAGUCGAGUCACCUGCGUUUGCCCGCGACGCCGAUGGUGACUUCUUUGAAAGCGGCGACAUUAUCCGCAAGCGAGCGUUGGUCCAGCCGGACUGGUUCCGUGGUCAGAAACGCAUCACUGUCAAGGCUGUUCUGCCAGGCGACGAGGGACAAGGUGUAUUGAAAGUAUAUGCCGGCAAGAAGGGUCUUAUGCACACCAGCCGAGACAUUCCACACCCUCUGGCUCUGGCUCUUCCGAUAACGCACACCGGAGAGAACCCACCCUACGACUUCGUGCUUCGCCAUCCGACACCGCAUGCCCAGCGCCAUGAUCUGUAUAUUAUGCAGCCGCAGUGUUCGCGUCUGGCAGUCAACAACACCUUUGUCUUCGCCAUCCGCCAGCACCCUUCGUCGCCAGGAGUCCCCUCAAAGGAUGACUAUUCAUCGAAUGGAUGUGCCUCCCCAUCGGUGUUCAACCGUCCCUCGAGCGCACUGAGCAUGGUAUCGAGCACUGCGGGUGGCUCAACCGUAUCGAGCAACUCAAACGAGUUCUCUGCAUCCACCUCCGCCAUCUCGUCUACCAGGUCGGCUUCCGGACGUGAGAAGCCAGCUAAGCUGGCGAUCCAGUCUCCCUCUGGCAAGAUUCUGCGUCUCACCCGAAAGGCAGAUCACAUGAUCGGCAACGACAACCCAUCCGACUCGGUGACAGAUGCCGCCGCGGAGGGCAGUGUAUGGGAGACCGUGAUCAAGAUUGGCGAGCGAGGUACCUGGCGCGGUCUAGUCCUCGCCGACCGAGUCGCACGGUGGUGUGUAUUCUGUGAGUGGGAGUGUGUCUGA